AUGGCGGACGAGAACACCAUCAUCGAGGGCACCGUCAAGUUCCGCGAUGGCAAGAAGUGGAAGUCGCGGUGGUGCGUCAUGCGGAAGCUGUCGCCGGUGGCAGACUGCGUGCAGCUGCAGCUGUACCGCAGCUCGCGGGGGGCGGGCCGCGGGGCGGGCGGCGGGCGCGGGGCGUGCUGCGCCGCGCUGUCGCUGGAGCAGUUCGUCGGCGCCGAGAGCGGGUUCACGCUCGACAAGCACUCCAACACGCUGGCGCUCGUGUGCCGCGACCUCGUGGCCGUGCUGGCCUUCGAGACGCGCGAGCGGCUCAUGCAGUGGCAGGUGAAGGUGGCGGCGGCGCUGGGCGCGGCGCGCAGCCACACCGUGCUGCUGGCGGCCGCCGGCGGGGCCCUGCCGGCCGGGCCCGCGCGGCUGCUGCUGCGCGGCAACAGGGCCGCGCUCACUGCCGGGGCGCCGCCGAGGCUGCUCGCGCUCUUCGAGCUGCAGCAUCUCAGGCGAUACGGCGUCGUCGAUGGGCGAUUCUGCUUCGAGGGCGGCUCACUGUGCGGCAAGGCAGAGGGUCUGCACGUGCUGGUGACGGACCGACCGCAGGACAUCCUGCGGGAUUUCGAGCUCGCUGCGCGCGGCCGGCUGUCCCCGCGACGCCGCCCUACUCUGGCAUCGAGAAGAACGGAAAGCGUAGAGAGUCCGCCACCGAGUGGCAGCGAAGCGAGUUGGAUGUCGAUGCGGCCGGAGGCGGGCGCAGAGGACACGGCGUCAGUCCGUGGGCUGGCGGCGACUACAAGUAACGGCGGCGUGGCGCUGGAGCGCUGCAUGAGCUGCAUGUCGAAGCUGGGCGCCAUGUCGCGCUCGUCCACGGCGGCGCUGACGCCGGGCGCGCAGCACUUCAGCCCCGCCUGGACCAUGGAGGCGCUGGCCGAGCCCCGCGCGCCGCCGCCCCAGCGGCCCGGUGACGUCACGCGGCCCGGUGACGUCACGCGGCCCGGUGACGUCACGGCGCCGCCCGAGCGGCCCGCGCGGCCGGCGCGGCUCGACCUGCCGCGUUCCUGUUCCUGUCACACGCUCGAUGACAGAGAGUCCUCGGGAAUCGGUCCCUAUGAAAACUACGAUGUGCCGAGGGUUCCCUCUACCGAGGUCGAAGGCGAAUAUUACGAUACGCCGAAAAGACUAAGAGAAUGUUUCGAUGACGAACUGUUUCGAAUCACCAGAAGUUCGACGGCGAACACGCUCAUAUUGAAGAAGCCGUGCGGUUGUUUACUUAAAUUCGGGAAGAAACGUCGCGAGCCUACGGUGGUGGAGGCGGAGGAGGAGUUGCGCGCGGCGGCAUGCGCGUGCCAGCGCGUGACGGACUGGGCCAACACGUGGAUCAAGCUGCCCUACUGCCGCCGCGGCGCGGCCCGCAGCGAGCCCUCCACCUGCGACAAGGAGAACGUCACGCCCGACGCGGCCGCGCUCUACGCCACCAUUGACUUCUCGCGGAAGACGAGGAGAAAAACCUGCAGCGGGGAGACGGUCGAAGUCGACAACGGACCGCUCGCACACUACGAAAACCUGAACUUCGCCCUCUCGUUGGAAUAUUACGAGAACGCGAAGGAUAUGCUCAGGAAGGCGGGCGUGACGCAGACCGAGCUGAACGCGAUCAGUGCCAAUUUGAAGCCGACAACGUUCGUGGCCGACAACCGCGGCUCCUGCACGAAAUGUAAGUAUCCGGCGAAACCUUCCUCGGCCACUAAAUCGGACGACGAGUACCUCAUGAUGGAGCCGAACGCGAUAGGCGGCGACAAGCCGGAGCACAGCCGCGCGCCGCCGGCGGGGUACACGCCGAUGUCGCCCAUCGCCGGGUUCGCGUUCCACACGCUGAAGCACCUCGCCAAGAGCCCCGGCGGCCGCCUGCUCGACGAGAAGUCCGCGAGCAACCCGUCCCUGGGCGCCAGUGCCGCGCCCGCGCCCCGCGCCGCCCGCGCCCGCCCCCGCUCCAGCUCGGCCGACUCGUCGCGCUUCCUGGACGACGUCAAGGAGUUCGACGGCUCCGGCAGCGUCGGCGGCUCCGCGUCGUCGCUGGAGACGUUGCGCGACGCGGGCGCACGCGGCGCCGCCGCCGACGGCAAGCUGUCGGACGUGGACAGCUCGGAGGCGUCCAAGGGGCGCGAGGCCGCGGCGCGCGCGGGCGGCGCGCCCGCCGCGGCCGGCAACCGCGACUCGUCCAGCUCCAACGACUCGGGCGUGUCCUCGUGCUCGCUGCGCGCGGCCGCGGCGCGCGAGCCCCCCCGCCGCCACGCGCGCGCCGCCGCCCGCCGCCCCCCCGCCCGCGGCCCCCCCGCCCGAGGGCCCCCCGCCCCGCCGCGCGCGCCGCCGCCGCGGGAGGACACCAAGUCCUCGUCCGCCGAGGCCGAGGUGCCGCUGUUGACGCUGCGCCCGCUGAGAGGUUCCGGCCAGGACUCCCGCAGCACGUCCAGCGGCACGUCGGACAUGUCGGACUACAUCGAGACGCUGUCGCUGUGUUCGUCGCACUCGUCGAGCGACACGCCGGUCACGAUGCGCGCCGGCGUGACGGCGUCGCUGCGGCCGCGCUCGGGCCGCGAGUACGCGCGCCUGGCGCCCGGCGGGCUGCGCGCGCACGCCGACGCGCGCUGA